AUGGCCCAUGCAGAGCUUGAUCGUCUACAAGCAUGUUUAAACUUCGCACUUGAUAAACUCCGCAAGGAGUUGGACAAUUCCCAGCUGCCUCCCCUGAGCCAACUCAGUUCAGUUGAACACCCAUUGGACGACCCAACAACCUACUUACCCAGUACGGGAUUGUUUGAAGCUCGCCGCCUCUCUCUAGCAUGCCUGGGAGAGCUAAAGAACCUUAUCCAGUCGCCUUUGGAUAAGUGCAUGGAUGAGAGAUUCACUGCAUAUGGUGUUGCCUGCACCGAUACCCUGAUCAAGACCGGUAUCAUCGACUACCUGUCUGACGUGCCAAACCCUUCCCAAGGUGUCCCGGCCGCUGAACUGGCCUCGAAAUUUGAACUUGAUUCUCAGAAACUCGUUCCCAUUCUCCGCUGCUGUGCAGCCAAUGGUUGGGUCAGGGAGACCCGUGACUCAUCGUUCGCUCUGAACAGAUGCUCGCGCACUUUCAUUGAAGGUCACGCAGGUCGGAGACUGAACUUUUUUAUGCCUGGGUUUGUGACGAUGAUAGAAACCAUACCAUAUUGGGUGGCGGAAUCGGAGUGGAAAUUAUCGCGUUCUCCAGAGCAGACUGCUUUCCAGAUCGCAUUUAAGACUCCCUUGUUGGCAUUCUCCUGGAUUAUGGAGAAUCCAGAGGUCCUCAUUCCAAUUGCGAAUCAUCUCAAGUCAGUCGCUGGAGACAUGUCUACACCAAGUAUCGUGGCAGACUACCCAUGGGAACAGCUGGAAACGCCAGUCAUCGUCGACUGUGGAGGGGGAGAGGGCGGCCUAGUUUCGGCCAUCCUAGAUGCGCAUCCUUCCUUCCGAGCAAUCGUACAGGACAUGGAGAAUGUGGUCGCACUGACAAGUUCGAUUAUGGAAGAACGCCGCCCUCGUGAUAUCGAAAAUGGUGUACUCAAAGUGGAAGCCCAUGACUUGUUCCAGCCUCAGGCAUGGAUCGGAAAUGAGUAUAGCUUCAUCUUGCGUCAUAUAAUGCAUGAUUGGCCGGACAAAGAAGCAGCGACGAUAUUGGGCCACGUGGCUCGUGCACUCGGUCCUAAGUCCAAGAUACUCAUCAUCGACAUGGUAGCUGUCCCGAACGUAAAUGCGACUGCUACAACGAGCUUCGAAUCGUUCUUACUUGAUAGCGAUGCUAAGCGCCUCGACUGCACUAUUCCAUCGCACUUUGGUUCAGCGUCGAAAAUCGUAAGUGGUUCCUCGAUGCACAUGCUGACCAUGAUCAACGGUUGCGAGAGGUCUUUGCGUGAGUGGGAGGCACUUGUGAGGGCGUGCGGGCUCCGUAUCAUGAACGUUUACCCGCUGCGAGCUCACACUUCCAUCAUUGAAUGUGCACUUGACACACGAGCAUUGCUGUAA